UUAUUUUUGAUGUCGACAUUUUAAAUUCUCUGUAACAUUGCCGUGAAUAUUUUCAGGAGACGUUCAUUGACGACAUGAAGACGAGACACGGUACGAGCUUCGGAAACCUCGACACGGCAGCGGAAAUCAGGGAGGGCUUCAUCCAAGUCACAGUCUACUUUGAAAACAUGAAGAUCGAGCACAUAUAUGAAACGCCAUCGUAUGAGGUGGAGAACCUGCUGGGAGACAUCGGGGGCCAGCUGGGGCUGUGGAUGGGGAUCUCCAUCAUGACUGUGAUCGAGCUGGCGGAGUUCCUCACGGAUGUGGUCAUAUUUCUCACCAUGAGGAGGAAGAAAGCCGGACAGCCGAGCCCACCGGACGUGGAGUCAGACCUUCCUCGGGACCCUACCGCCGGACUGCCCGCCGGGCCUUACAUCGUCAUGCCCCGGCAGUUUCCCCUGACCGAGGUGGUACCGAACCGGUCCAAGAUCGUCCCCAGAUAUCCGAUUAUGAAAGGCAGUUGGCGUAACGCCACUUUUACCGAGGUGUAAAGGUUAAUAAGAAGACAUGUAACGUUACUGUAUCUAGCACUGACGGAAAUGAUAUUCUGUAGCGCAAUCCUCCUGAUGCGUUUUCAAAAGUUAUUCGUUAAAGAAUGUGUUGUUUU